GUCGUACAGAUUUUGGAACUGAAAUUUAUCUCCGCGUUACAAUAAUACUUUUACAAACAUAAUAUUUAUAUGAUUUUGAUUUAUUUCUGAUUUAUUACGACUUAGUUAAUCGUGCGCGUGGGUGUGUUUGUUUGUAAAAUAUGCGUUUAUGCUCGCUGUGUAACUACUUUAGUUUUAGUUAGUUGUCUUUGACAAACACUGUUCAUUGUUCGGUCCGAUGAUAAUGAUGUUGACUUCCCUUGUUUUGUUUGAUCGAUCGAUGUGCAGACAAAUCUGAGGGAGAUCAAAUUCAUUGUCUUGGUGCAUUUAUCUAGCUGUGUCCGUGCUGAGAUGCCAUCGCAUGAAGUCCUACCCCACAGAUUAUCUAUGUAAACUCUUGUCAUCAACCAUUUACGAUGAUGAUAAACGUUUCAGUAACUAAUCUUACUAACAAUGCCGCUUCCACUCCACUAGCGCCAGUAAAGUCUGUGGCWGUUCCACAUCCGCCUGUCCAAUUCAGUCCACUUACUGUUGUUAUCRUUGUUAUUGUUGCUUGUUUGAUGCUCGUUGGUGUAAUAAUUGUAAUUAGAAGGAAAAGAAGACUUGACAGGCUACGGCAUUCAUUGAUACCUUUCUAUUCGUUUGAUGCUAACGAAGAGGAAGACUGGGACUCUGAUCUGUUACAAAAUGAAGGUGGAACUCAGUCCAUUCGUCAGCAUAAUCAAACAUUUAGACACGAGGGCAGUUUCCACAGCUGGCAUGAGAGAUUUAGCCCGAUUCAAAGAGCUAUGGAUCGGUCGAACUAAACAUGAUGGCUACAGAGAUAAAAAGCAAAAAAGGAUGAUUAUUAUGAUGAAAACGUAUCUGUUUCUUUUACCAUCUGUGUCAUACAAUUUUAAUAUUAGUUAUUUGUAAAUGGUAUAUUGUCUGGCCAUGGUAAAGUAUAAGUUUGCACUUUCCAUCCAUCACAAACCUAAUUUCAAAUCUUAUGACAAUCACUGUGUCACUUUAAAAUACAACCUUAUCCCAUUUAUAUUGGGAUGAUCUGUUCAAACUAUGAUCGGACAACGCUAAUGUGUGAGAUUAUUAAUUGUGUUUAUUGAAUUUGUAAUUUUUUAAUGUGGUAAUGUUGUUGUUGUUGUUAUUGUUGUUGUUGUUAUUGUUAGAAUUUUUUWAAAUAUACUUAACUGURUAUAAUUAUAUAAUUAAUAAGUUUACACACAUACACACACCAACCACAAGCUUGAUGCUCAAUAUAUUCAUAUACUUAAAAUAUUUUUAAUUUUAUGGCUUUUGGUAGCACUUGCUCAUCGUGCUCUCACUACUUAUAUUUAUUUUUCAUAAGCAUAUUAUAAUUUUUAUAAUAUUUAUGUGUUAUGCCUACUUAUUGUAUACUUGCAUUAUUGAUUUAAAAACUGGUCARUCUUCUGAUAGUAAUAAUCAACUUAAAUAUGUAAUUGCAGAUAAAAGAUACAUGUCUUGUACCGAUUAUUUUGUACAAUGUUGUCAACCAYGUUAGUUAAUGAGUUUAACAAACAUUAAGUUAAUGGCUGCAAGAUUUUUUUUUAUAUGAAUUCAAAAUGUAUACUCGUAACAUUAUAAUAAGUCUGUGUAACAAAACAAACAAUUCAUGUCUGAUUAAAAAUUGUUGUUAGUUAAAUAAAUAUAAAAAUGACUGAAUUAGUUUAUUAGUCACUUAUCAUAGGGAGUUAAAUUGCUAAAUGUUUUUAUAAAAAUAUGUAUUGUUUUGAUUAAAUUUUACCGUUAUUUGCUUA